AGCAGCAGCCACAAAUGGGAAAUACUGCAGUACAGUGCAGCAACUAAUAAAUGGCUGCAUUCAAUCCAACUCUACAGCCCUUUUGUCCUUAGCAACCAGGAGAGAGGAUACCACAGCCUCUCUCACUCAAGAACAAGGAUUGGUUCCUGCUUUUUUAGCUUCUAAUGGCUUUCAGGAUUUCAGAUUCUGUUUUCCUCUCCAUGUUUCAGGGCACCCAACCACGGCCAAUUAGGACUCAAAAAAUUGCUGCCCCUAAUUCUCUAGGUAUCUAUCCCUUAACUUGGGAGAGGCUGCUUUUGAAGGGAGAUAAAAGAAAAAAUUGUUUGUUCUACUCGAGAAAAAGUAGACCUGUACAAGCUGUGGCCACGCCGGUAGCACCAUCUUCAGCUGACAGUGCUGAGUACAGAAAACAGUUAGCAGAAAGUUAUGGCUUUAGUCAAAUUGGAGAACCACUUCCUGGAAAUGUUACAUUAAGGGAAAUCAUUGAUACUCUGCCCAAAAAGGUUUUUGAGAUUGACAAUGUGAAAGCAUGGAAGACAGUUAUGAUAUCAGUCACUUCCUAUGCUCUAGGGCUUUUUAUGAUUUCAAAGGCCCCAUGGUAUCUACUUCCUUUUGCUUGGGCGUGGACGGGGACUGCAGUUACUGGGUUCUUCGUUAUAGGGCAUGAUUGUGCUCACAAGUCUUUUUCAAAGAACAAAUUUGUGGAAGACAUAGUAGGAACUCUUGCUUUUCUGCCUCUAAUAUAUCCAUAUGAGCCAUGGAGAUUUAAGCACGACAGGCAUCAUGCAAAAACAAACAUGUUGUUUGAAGAUACAGCAUGGCAGCCUGUUUGGAAAGAGGAAUUUGAUUCAUCCCCUUUGUUGCGUAAGGCAAUUAUAUAUGGAUAUGGCCCAUUUAGGGCUUGGAUGUCUAUAGCUCACUGGUUGAUCUGUCACUUUGACAUAAAAAAGUUCCGACCCAAUGAAGUUCAAAGAGUGAAGAUAAGUCUGGCGUGUGUCUUUGCAUUUAUGGCGAUAGGAUGGCCAUUAAUCGUAUAUAAAACAGGGAUCAUGGGUUGGAUCAAGUUCUGGCUGAUGCCAUGGUUAGGUUAUCACUUUUGGAUGAGUACUUUCACAAUGGUGCAUCAUACAGCUCCUCAUAUUCCUUUUAAAUCUUCGGACAAGUGGAAUGCAGCUCAGGCCCAACUAAAUGGAACUGUGCAUUGCGGUUACCCUCGCUGGAUUGAGAUCCUCUGUCAUAAUAUCAAUGUGCACAUACCCCAUCACAUUUCUUCAAAGAUCCCGAGCUAUAAUCUACCUGCUGCUCAUAAAUCAAUUCAAGAGAAUUGGGGAAAGUAUUUAAACGAGGCUACGUGGAACUGGCGAUUGAUGAAGACGAUAAUGACAUUGUGUCAUGUCUAUGACGAGGAAGAAAAUUAUGUUGCAUUCAAUAAGCUUGCACCUGAAGACUCUCAACCAAUUGAAUUUCUAAAAAGAGUGAUGCCUGAUUACGCUUGAAUUUACCCGAUUAUUCGGUUAAGAGCUUUUUGUUUCCCUAAAUUAUCCAUUAUCCUUUAUUUCUUAGGUCAAAUUAGGUUUGAAUUAGGUCUCAACCGGAAAAUCCGUGUUUCACUGUGAAUUUUCAAUUCCUUACAUGUACUGCAAAUUUUUUGAUAGAGAGGACAAUAAUCUGAAUGAAGCUUCCUGGAAGUUUAUGCAA